AUGGAAAGCGCUGGUACUGACAAAGCAUGUUACAAAGUGCAAAAAAUCAAAGGCAGAAGAGAAAAACAAGUUUGGUAUUUGAAAAUAUCAAAGCUAGCAUUGGCUUUUGCAAUUAUCCACUCAAAACCACCAGGGAAGAGUUGCAAAGAAUACACUGAGCACCUUGCCAAAACUGUAUCCGAACAAGAUUUUGGAUGGAAAUCAAAAGUUGAAGUGCUGGAAGCUGAAGUUCUUCGAUUACGUCAGGAACUUCUUUUGAACAAGAUCUGUCCGAGAUUCUGCUUGGAAAAUGGAAAACCAGAUGCUUCUGACGAAACUCUUCUGGGUCAGGAAUGUAUAAACCCUAUGAGUUACUCAAGCCAGCUAGAAGACUCUGGAUGUGAUGUGUCUAAUGACUAUGCAUUCGAUUCUUUGGGCAUAGCUUCUGAUUUUCACCAGUCUGAGCAUGUCAACACUUCUAAAUGUUGGUUGGAAAGAAUUCCCCCAUUGAAUCUUUGCUGUACUAGCAAGGAGGAAUCUCUAACUGCUCCGGUGCAGUUUUUGCAACAUCUGCUUGAAAUCAGAAAACUGUCAGAAGGAGGAAUUCUUCAAGCGGACUUCACAGAGCUUGAGAAUGAUUCUUUUACUGUAUGCAAUUCAGUGUCUCAGUUGCUUGAUGGACUAACUGUUUUUUAUAACAGUCCUAAAUUUCCAGUUUCUAAUUUUCUUACUGAAGCAGUUUGUGUUUUGAUCAGCUUAAUAACUGAUACUAAAUUAUCUAAUCAUGUUUUGAAGAAGUGUUUCAAGAAGCUGGAAGAAUUUAAGAAAAAUCUAAUUCAGAUUAUUUUAAGAAACAGCAAUGUCAAUAGGUUUCAGGCACUGCAUGCUGUAUCACACACGCUGGUUUUGCUAGGAAGGAAUGACAUACUAAGAAAUUCUUUAGUAUCUCUUCUCCUAUCAGAAGUACGUCAGUUUGCCGAGCAGCUAUUGGAAGCUCACCAGAUCCAGGCCAUGUAUGACAUUACCCAGUAUGAGAAUAUUUUUCCUUUGUGCAUGAUUCUGGAACAACUUCUUCAAAAUGAGACAGAAGAAAGUAACGUUUCAAGCUCAGACUAUGAUGGAGAAGAAAAAAUCAAAUUUCUGAAAAAUCUUGAUCAAAUUAUUCUGCACCUCUCAGAUGAAUUCCCUUUGUUUUCUUUAUAUUUAUGGAGAGUGAGUGUUCUUUUGAAUUCAGCUCAAAUACAAAUUGAUUAA